AUGGCCUCCGCUACUGCCUCCUCCACUGAGGCGUCGGCCUCCACCUCUGCGUCCGCCUCCGCCACGGAGGCCUCCGCCACCGCCUCUGCCACGGUCGCCGCCGCAGCCUCCGCCGCCGCUGCCGCCGCUGCCGCCGCCGCCGCCGCCACUGCCGCAGCUGUCGCCACGGUCGCCGCUCUCGCUCGCGCCCCCGGCCCGGGUUCCUGCGCCCAUCUGCCCUCCUGCCCUCCUGCCCUCUCCCGCCUCGCCGAGCCCCAGCUUGCGGGAAGGGAGGGUCGCGGGAGCGGCCCGGCAGCACCGGCGACCGUGGCGACAGCUGCGGCAGUGGCGGCGGCGGCGGCGGCAGCGGCGGCAGCGGCGGCGGAGGCUGCGGCGGCGACCGUGGCAGAGGCGGUGGCGGAGGCCUCCGUGGCGGAGGCGGACGCAGAGGUGGAGGCCGACGCCUCAGUGGAGGAGGCAGUAGCGGAGGCCAUCCUGGGGGAGGCGGCAGCCGCCCUGGCCGGGGAGGAGGUGGAGGCCGCUCUGGAGGCAGCAGCCGUGGUGGUGGCAGAAGCCAGCGCGGCCCAAGCCGCUGCAGCAGCAGAGGCCUGUGGCGCCCCCCUUGGAGGAGGAGGAGGAUGCGGAUGA